AUGGACUCUAACUCGGACCAUUUCCCCGAUUCUGUCGAAUCCAAAAGCAAGUUCCAGCUAGGAUACGAGGCCUUCCGCCUCAGCGAGGGAAUCAAGCAGCGCAUCAAGGAGCACGGGGACGAGAUGCGGCGCAUCGCCGCGGCCGAAGACAGCAGGAAGAGGGAGGUGGAACUCAUCCGCGAGGAGAUCUUCCAGAACGAGAACGGCAUCACGGACUCCUCCAACAGCCCAGAGCAGUGCAAGGAGAGAAUCCGAAAGUCUUUCAAGUCCGGCCGCAAGUUCGAGAGGCUCCUGCGAGAGAAGAAGUCGGCAAAGGCGGAGGAGGCGGUCGCAAACAACGAGCUCAUCGAUGGGAUCAUCGGGGUUCUGGGACCACACCUGGUGCGCGAGAGGCUCGAGUCGUUUGCGGCCCGCCAGCGGGAGGCAUCGAAGUCAACUGUCCAAGAAAUCAAUAGAGGCAUCAAACGUUCAAUCGAGGAUUCUGUGAACAUGGCUAGCCACAAGAGCCCCAGAUUCGCGGAGGAGACACCAUCCAAGCCAACUGAAGAGAGCACAUUGAUUGUGGUGCCAGAAUGA